UAACCAAUCAACGAUUACUUUCGGUGUUGCUAACAGAAAGAAAUCCUGAAUCUACAAAAAAAGUUCAGAGGUUCAUUCGUACUUCGGAUGAUCUGACUAAAAACAACAUUUUAAAAUGAAAGAGGACAAAGAGAAUGCCCGUCCGAGGGAGAAAAAAAUUGAGACAAAAUGUGAAGAAAACGAGAAGCAGGAAAAGCCUAGUAAAGAGAAGAAGGAAGCGAUGACAAAGAUAGUGGUCCGCCGUCUCCCACCCAGUCUAACUAAAGAGGAGUUGGAGGAGCAACUCCAGCCCCUUCCCGAGGUUGACUCCCUGGAAUUCUUCUCCAAUGACACGAGCCUGUUCCCCUACCUGUUCUCAAGGGCUUAUAUCAAUUUCAAGAACCAAGAGGAUAUUGUCCUUUUCCGAGACCGGUUUGAUGGAUAUGUUUUCAUAGAUAACAGAGGAAUGGAAUAUCCAGCCAUUGUUGAGUUUGCACCUUUUCAAAAGAUUGCCAAAAAGAAGAGUAAGAAGAAAGAUGCAAAAGCUGGUACUAUUGAUGAAGAUGCUGACUACAAGAAAUUUCUGGAGUAUUAUAAUGGAGAUGACGAAAAACUGACAUCUACUCCUGAAACGCUGCUGGAGGAAGUAGAGGCUAAAACAAAAGAGUUAGUCGCUAAAAAAACAACUCCUCUCUUGGACUUCCUUAAAAACAAACAGCGGAUCCGGGAGGAGAAGAAGGAGGAGCGGAGGCGACGGGAACUGGAGCGCAAGCGACUGCGGGACGAGGAGCGCCGCAAGUGGCGGGAGGAGGACCGGCGGAAACGCAAGGAGGCGGAGAAGCUGAAAAAAGGAGAGAAAAACCACGAGAAAGAGGGAGACAAAUCUAAGGAAGAGCCAAAGAUUAAGCUCUUGAAGAAGCCAGAGAAAGGCGAUGAUGCGGACUCAGAAAAGCCCAAAGACAAGGUAAAGAAGUCCGAAAAGGACAAGCUGAAGGAGGACAAGGCUUUGGGCGGCAACGACUCGAAGAAGCGGCAAAACAACGAAAACCGUGAGGACCGGGGAAGGAACAGGCCAGAGGACGAGGGGCGGAAGGAGCACAGAGACCGGGACGUGGAACGUGACCGGGAGCGUGACCGGGAGCGUGACCGGGACAGGGACCGGGACCGGGACAGGGACCGGGACCGGCGUCAGAAAGAGAAGGAGCGCUUGAGGAGACAGGACGAUGAGAGACGGAGGAGGAGGGACCGCCACGAUGGGGAGAACUACCGGAAACGCGACGAGGAGGGAAAGAAGGAGAAAGACCGUGUCUGGGAGAAGAGGAAGCACGAGAACACCGGAGACCCCCCUGGUCACGCUGAUAAACCCGAGAAGCCCUCCAAAGACGACAAAAAGGACGACAGUUCCAAAAGAGACCGUGUCAGAAACAAGGAUCGCCCCGCCAUCCAGCUGUACCAGCCGGGGGCCAGGAGCCGCAACCGGGGAGGAGACCUCCCGGCCGCGGCGGACAGGAAGCCGGAGGGCGAGGCCAAGAGUCCGCGCGAGAAAGCGGAAGACUGACGAAAACGAGCGAGAGAGGAAACGCUCGAGAGAGAGACGAGCGAGGCCUCGGGCGUCGAAGCGAACUCAGCCGAGGACGGGCGUCGGGGGGGGGCUGCCUCACUCUCCCUCCUCUCCCUCCGCGACAUACGUGCCUGUGUCUCCCCCCCAGUGCCUGAACCAGCCCCCAGUUUUAGUCUCUGCCUCUGAGAGAGAGAAAAAAAGCCAGGGAAAGCUUUCACUUUCACAAAAUGUCAGCUCAGAAAUGGGGGCUUGCUACGAGAGGCCAAAGCUCAUUGGACCAAGUGAACCGAAAGUGACCUUACGUAGGACACAGAGCCAAACGUUUGCUGUACUAUGCAGUAGAGUAGCUGUGGUUCAUAUAAUGCAUUUGGAAGGCCAGCUCCUUAAUGAGUUAAUGCCUACACGCCGUGCCCAAAAGAGGGACAUAUAGAAAGCUCCUCUGCCUUUUUAUUAUUAUUAUUUUUUUUUAAGUGUGAAGGCUCCCAAUGACAGUAUCCUGUUCUUCCUCACCUAGUCGGUCCCGUCACUCUUUAGAAAGCAGUGUAUAUGUAUGACUUAAUUCCACACGUGCUGUCAGUCCAUUUCUGUGGUUCCCAAAGCAUGUGUGCACAGUUCUGUUCCUGUCAAAAGGAGCCUUUCUUUGGCGGAGCUGUUUGGUUUUGGUUCUGAUGUAGGGCUAAGGAUGUGCACGACGGCUGCAUAGUAUGCUACUACAGCUUGCAAGCUUAAAAAUAACUACUCAAUUUCAGGGGACGUCUGCUGCUCCCCACAACUGCUCACGUGACAUGAAAGAUGUGUGAAAUAAAGUACAUUUGUAUAACCCGUUUCACUAUUGGAAA